CGUGAAGUGUGGCUACAAAACAUUUCACGCGAGGACUUCCGUGCAACGCCGUCGACGCGGCUUUGCGAGGAACAUUUCACGCCAGACCAGUUCGAGCCAUUUGCUCUUGAACGCGGCGUGAAGAAGCUCAAACGCGACGCUGUGCCAACGCUUUUUAAGCCUUCCCGGCAGCGAAGGCGCACGAAAAGGCCUCUGCCGACAGGAAAUGGCAUCAGCAUUGACAGCAGCUCAAUAGGACAUGACCACUGCUACUUUCAUGCAUCUCAUGAGAGUGAUACUCAAGAAAUGUCUCCAGAAAAUGUGCCUCACAUUUCAAGUGAAGCAGAAGUGGUUAGCCAAGGUACUCUGGACAUUGUGCAAAGAAGUUCUGCGUGCAAUAUAUCGGGUGCAACCUCACGUGCAGCUCUGUUGGCCAGAAUAAACGGUCUGGAACGACAGCUGACCAUUUCGAAAGCUAAGAUGAGGGCGAAAGAGCGGGAGCACAAGAAACUUAUGCUGCACUUGUCGUCAUACAUAAAUGAAGACCAGUUCGCCAGCUUGCAUCGUUCACCAAGAGGCACAGUGUGGUCCAAGGAAACACUGAUCAAGGCGCUGAAGAUUCGCCUAUCCUGUGGCUCAAGGGGCUAUGAUAUGGUCAAGCAGCUCGGCCAGCCAUUGCCAUCACAGCGCACACUUCAACGUCACAUUGAGCACUGCAAGUUUCGUCCAGGGCUGCUGGUGGACAUUAUGGACUCUCUCGCUGUUAAGGUAAUCGUAACAAAUUUGUCCAUUUUGCAGGACUAUGUAAGUUCCGGUAUUUUAAUUUUUUGUUUGUCGUUUCUCUACUUAUACUGACAUGCCUCAUAAUGCAAUCACGGCGUUUCCGAAAAAUGGUUAGCAUUUCAUGGUUGUCUGAACGCAAGCUAGAUAGCAUAGGGUUGUCAUUUUAGCAGCAACCCAUCUAAUAACAACCUAGGCCUUGCAGGACACUGCAAUGCAGUCUAAGCUGUCAAACAUCCACUUGAUAGUUGUCUGAUCAUGACAGCAUGCAAGGUAGUUUUGUGAUGGGAAGCUUAUAGUUUAUAGUGUAAGGUAGCGCCAGAUAUUAGCCAGAUAAGUGUGUUGUUAUAUAAAAUAACAAAAGUGUUCAUUGCACGUUUUGGUUGUUGCAAGUGUACCGAAUCGGUGCGCUGCGCCAAAACCACUAUUCAUCACUGAUUGACUGAACAUGUAUUCUUGACAACGCUUCUGCGCAUUGCACGCUCUCAGUGGUAUCUUUCAAUGACUCGUGUGUUUGUGUCAUGAUGAACAGUUAUUUCAUUACAUUGGUCGACCUCAUUCAAAUGGAUGCUUAGUUGAGAAGUGCUUCUAUGGAGGUGACCCUAACGUUAAUGGAAUUAUGACCUAUUA